UUAGAAAUUAAAAUAAAAUAAAAUAAAAUUAUAUAUAUAUAUAUAAGCAAUAAAAUUAAAAAAAAAAAGAGUAAAGAGUCCGCGAAAUAGACGAAGACGACGAUGGCGAGAAAAGAAACCCUAAUUCUUUUUUCUUAUUAGAAAUGGAGGGAUACGAUUUCGUCUGCUGAAGAGAAGAAGAAGAACAACAUUCAUGGCCGACGAAGGAGAAGGAGGAGGAAUACUGAAGCGAUUGGAUUGGACGACCUGGGAUGAGCUUCUGUUAGCCUGUGCAGUCGAGCGUCAUGGCUCUAAGGAUUGGGAUUUGGUCGCCAUAGAGUUACAGGCGAGAAGUUCUCUCCCUCUUACGGCACAGACUUGUAAGGGCAAAUUUAUCGACCUCAACCGCCGUUUCAUGAAUGAAGACGGAGGAGGAAACGCCGCCGCCGUUGUUCAUUCUUCAUCCGUUCCUUGGAUUGAGGAUCUCCGUAAACUCAGAGUUGCAGAGCUACGACAGGAGGUUCAUCUACAUGAUCUUUCGAUCCAAAAGUUGCAGUUGAAGGUGAAGAGAUUGGAAGAGAAGGAAGAAGAGGAAGAAGAAGAGGAGAAGUUGAAGGUUAGAGGAGAUGACAACAGCAACGACGACGAAAAGCCAGAUCUGAUGGAUGUUUCUCAUGUAGACAACAACAACAAACGCGAAGACGUCGAUGAAGCCUCGCCGGAAACCGCCGUACGCGACGGUUCCGACAGGGAAAACCUAUCGUUUAACGAGUCGAAUUCGUCGCAGAACCGGUCUAGAGAAACUGAACCGGUUGAGAAACUGAAUCGAGUUACGAGCGAUUCGUCUAACGACAGUUCGGAUACGAUUGCGAAACACGCGCCGCCGCUGCCGCCGCCGACGUCAAAAGCGAAUCAGGCAGAGAAAAGUGGAAAAUCGGCGACUAAUUCAAAGAAAGGGAAUAAGGAUUUAUGUAGCAGCGACGUUCAAAGUUCGGCGAGUUUAUCGAAGAAGAAACGCCGGUUAGGGAAUGAACCAGUGGUUUCUCCCGCCACCAUUAAACAACGACGGGAGGCGGUGAAAUCUGAACCGUUGGUUGCGUUUUUAGAUGUUAUCCGAUCGCAUAAACACGGUUCGCUCUUUGAACGCCGGCUUGAUAAUCAGAAAACGGAAGAGUACAAUGAGAUAAUCCGACAGCAUAUUGAUCUGGAAACCAUCCGGCGAAAGGUGGCCGCAAAAUCAUCUUCAUAUUAUUCAUCGGACGCCUCCAAAUUCUACCGCGACGUACUCCUUCUCUUCACCAACAUCAUCACCGUCUUCCCCAAGUCAUCCAAAGAAUCCUUAGCAGCUCUCCAGCUCCGCACUUUAGUUUUAAAAGAAAUCAGUGAGAAAAUGACCAAUCUCCAAAAACCCGGUCUUUCAAUCGACUCCGACGACACAAACACCGCCGCUCAACCCGACCCGGAUAAACCAAAUACCAGCUUGUUAACCAAAAACCGUCCCACAUCCACUCCAAUCGUUGUAUGUCGCAAGAGAAGCUCCAUCUCCGCCGCAAAAUCUACGGCGGCUGCAAAAGAUUUGAAAGAGGAUGACAGCCCCCCGGUAAAGGUUAAGAGCAAGGAAAAGCCUGUGACGGGUACUAGAAGUUUGAGAAAAGGAAUAAAGAGCAGGGCAGCAUCCAAACCUCCUUCACCUUCAGAAGACAAGAGCGUUCCAAGCUCCCCUGAACCUGAUCAGAAAAAGAUAACAACAACAACUUCAUCGUCUAGGAAGAAAGGGGCGGCUGAUUUUUUGAAAAGGAUAAAGAAAAACGCUUCCCCUGCUAAAGGUAAUACUACUAAUUCAAGUUUGUUGGAGAGAUUGAGGAGUGAUGAUGCGGCGAGUAAUAAGAAAGGUAGUGGUGGUGGUGGUGAUCGCCGGAAAGAGUUACCGAAGAGGGGAGUUGUAAAGCAGACAAAGGAGGAGAGCCCACCACCACCGCCGACGAAGAAACCGGCCGCCGGGAAGUCGCAGCCGGUGAGGCGAGGGAGGGAGGGUACAAGUACAAGGAGCGGCGGCGCCGGAGGGGGGAGUGCAGUGGCGACUAAGAGGAGGAGAGAUGAAGGAGAUACGAAUACUACUGCUAAAAAACGUACAAGGAGGUAAUAAUACUCAUAAUAAAGAAUUCUUGUAAAUUACUUUUUUUUUUCUUUCUUUCUUGGUUAAAUCAGGAUCGGAUUUUUGUUUUUGUUGAGUAGUAGUUGUUGCCAUAAAUGUGUUUUUUUUUUAGACUAGUGGUGAAUUCAAGAUACCGUCUGAAUUAGAGGGGCCACCUUUCCUGGUCUUGUGAUUUACUAUGAAAAAGAUUAGAUACAUUUUAUUUGGUCA